UAAGGGGGUGGACUGCAGUAUAUAUUGACCCUGAAUACUGAGGAAAGGAACUGCAGGAGCCACCAAAGAAAGGACAGCAUCUGAUCAUCAAGUCCACAGAGACGCACUGACUCCAAGGCAUCAUGAAGACUCUGACUCUGCUCGCCAUCUGCGCUCUCCUGUCGGUGUGCUGGUCCAUGGGAGCCGUGGAACCCGAGGUUAUUGUGGACUCUGACGCCGACGUGGCUGCUGAAGCUGCACCUGCUGACCCCUCCACCACCUCUGACUCAGACUCAGCACCAGCCUCUGAAUCCGAUUCAGCUGCAUCCUCCGAAUCUGAUUCAGCUGCUUCUUCUGAAUCCGAUUCAGCCGCCUCCGACUCUGAUUCUGGCUCAGACUCUUCGUCAUCUGAAUCCUCUGAAUCAGCCGAGUCCGACGCUGCUGACUCUUCAGCAUCCGACUCUGCUUCUGAUUCCAGCUCAUCUUCUUCCUCCUCCUCUUCAUCUUCAUCUGAGUCAGCCAGUGCUGAAGAAGCUUCUCACGUCGUCAUGAAGAGAGACCUGGCCGCUGCCCUCCUUAGGAGGAGAAGAGCUGCAGGAGAACUCACCCCUCUCCAGCUGGAACGCCUCAGAGAGGUGUGUGAGCCGAACCUGGCGUGUGACGAGCUGGCCGACACCGAGGGCAUCGUCGCAGCGUACACAAAAUUCUACGGCCCCGUCCCGUUCUAAGACAAUUACAGACUGUUUCAAAGACUUCACAAAAUGCUUUAAUGCAGAAAAAAAAAAAAAAUGUUGAAUCAUUUUUUUUAGGCAUAACUCCAACUGACACAAGUUGCAUGAAAAGCCUCUUCAUUCAUUCAUUCAUUCCCAGAGAGGCACAUGGAUACACAAGCCUGCACAAAUGUAAAUUAUUCUCCACAUAUAAUGGUGCUACGAGUGCAACUGUAUUGUAUGAUAAUGUAUAAAUAGUUUUAUAUGCUUUAUUCUGACUACAGCAGUAGCAGCGGUUUUAAAGAGAUAGUUUUAGUAGUACUGUAAUCAUGACAGCGGUAGUGUACAGUGUGUGAAAUUCACAUCAGCUAUCUGUAAUGACUGUAACCACAGAUUGCCUCUCGAUUUCAAAAUAAAUUAUUUUUUGUUGUUG